UUCAUGCGCCUUGUUCUCUGUCCACUGAUGCAUCGUCUGCAGCUCACGCUGCUGAACCAAGUGUUGGAGAGGAAUCAAGUUCUGACUCUGAUACAGGGCAAAAUCCACAUGGCGUUUCCAAAGAACAACCUUCAUUUCCAACAAUCUCCUUGUAUGAAAGUGGCAGGUUAUUAACUUUACGUCAUGAAGAAGGAAGGAAAGUUCUAAAUAUCAAGGUAGUCGGAAAUUUAGAGAAAAAAGGCAUGAAUUCACAUAACAUCCGCAAGCCUGGUUCGUUCUAUAUUCCUAAUCACCGACGGACCAGUGUCAGCAAGAGCCCCCUGGAACAAGACGGUAAAGACGUUUCCACGUGCAGCAAUUUAGCCUUAGCAGGAUGGACCGAUUCACCACGUCAUGACGGAGUCUCUACUAAAAAGCCUUCUGAUAAAGUUAACGUCUUUUCCGGUAAAGAACAGGGUGAUGAAGCUAAGGUGGUAAAUAUCACUGAAUCUCUUAGCACUGUGAAAAUUGUCAAAGAACUUUCAGAACCAAGCGAGGGAUCACAACGCAUUAUUAACACUUCGUCAGAUGAAAAUGAGCGCAUAAGCGAGUUUUUUCAGUGCGCUAGCUCAGGGAACAAGACGGAAUUAUCCGCAUUGCAUUUACGUGGACUGAACGACUUGGCAGUGCCCCUUGUGAAGAAGGAGAAGACAAGUUUUGCUGGUGGAAGUGAUGAUGCUGCUUCACUUGAGGACUCGACCGAAACAAUUCCUUUGGAGCGUCGUCGUGCAUCAGCAACAUCUGAAAUGAUAUCAGAUUUGAGCAGAGGAUCUUCCCUCGACUCUUUAGUUGAUUUUCCGAGUUCGCCAUUGAUUAAACUUCCCGCUGAUGAUGGUCCUUGUAAAACUGGGACGAAGAACCUUUCAUUUCAUGAUGAUUUUAGAUUGGAAUUGUGCCUUUCCGAUAUUUCUGACGAUGAGUUUAGUGAUGGAGAUUUCAGCAAGGAACAAAGGCACUGUGGUUUAGAAUCACCACCAAGUUUUAAAAAAUCUGCCCGGAAAUUAUCCGCAACAAAACGAAAAGACUCCUUGGUGAAUAAUUUGUCUUCGCGCAGUGUGGAAAAAGCCUCUCCAGUUUGUCAAAUAUUACCCAUAAAAGAGUCGACUAUCGAGAUGGUGCCGAGAAUAGGGAAAGGCUUUACAGAUCUUCAUGUAGAUGGUGAAAAACCUGCUCUAAAUCCCAAUAAUUUGUUGCAGCUACAGCUCAUUUUGCACGCAGAAAGAAGUGAUAGCAUGGUUAAAGAUGAAAGAAAUAUAUUGUCUGUUGCUGGAAACACGGAGAAAGAAGAUGAGUUCACCGGUGCUGGCACAGCUUUGUCGCCUGUACUAAACCAAGAAGGCCCUACAAGCCUGGACGCUAGACAAUCGCGUGCCAUUCGUGAGCCUAGUCGUCUGGACAGUACGGACGUUCUUAUUUCUCCUCAUGAAAAAUUGUUAUUCAGAGGUGCUAAAUAUGUAUCGUCAUCGAUAGAUAACAUUGACACAGUGCAAGGUAACGUUCCUAUCAAGCUUAGUAUUUCUGAAGUAAACUCUGGAAGCAAAACAGAAGAGAAAUUUUUGAGUAUGUACUCAAAUGGAAAACUAAACUAUCGGGAAAUAAAAUCUCCUUCAUGCAAAGGCGAAGCAAUGCAAGAAGUGAUGUUCGGUGAAGUUUCCUCUACGGUUGAAAUAAUUCCUGAGAACGUGAAGGAGGCUAAUGGUUCAGAGGAAGUGGGAUUUGUCUCAUGCGACUUGGAAAACAACCAGCACGUGAAAUCGAAUGACGGUGAUAAAGUAUCCGAGAAUGUCGAAUCUCCCGUAGAUUUAAUGUCGGGCAUAAUUCAAACACUCGUUGAUUUCUCAUCUGAAAUUGGUCAAGAUGCUGAUAUGGAAGUUAAGUCUGAUAGUGAAUCGUCCUUUUCAGAUUCUUUCAGUGAAAAAUUGACUGCGAGUGCCCGCGAGCUGACUUCUGUGUCGGCAUUAGAAAUAGACUCCAGUCGAAAAGUCCUAGUCAAUGUUGAACAGAAUGACGCUGGUAAGAAACUAAGCUUGCAUCAGGACACGUGCGUAGCUGAAGAAAACAAGAACGAGCCCCAAAGUUCAGAACUUUCAGUAGAAAGUUUUUCGACAAGAGCAGGAAACGAGGAACUUCAUCGAGAUCGUUUGCUCGCCCUCUUGGGCGGACCAGACGUGGUGCUUGCGUCCGAUGUGGCUACGGAGGAUAGGAACUCUGGCUCUGGAAGUGAGAGUGCUGCAAGUAAGAACUUAGAAUUAGCCAGUGUGGACACCCUUGUCAAAGUAAUGCACGGGAAGGAGACUGAAAAACAUUCAAUUGGAGGUGAUGCAACGUGUCGCAAAACACAGGAUUGCUUCAAUGGAAAACAAAUCGUUAUCGGCAGUCAAUCUGCGCUGGAAUUGGCAGAUCAGCCGAAUGAAGGGAAAUGUCGAGAGCAGAAUAGUUCAAGAAUAAACAAAAACGUGAAUAACAGUCAAGAAAAAUGUGUUACGGAACAUGCAGGCAGAUGCAACAAUAAUGCGAAAAAAGAUGAUGACAGUCACGACGUGAACGCAACAGAAAAUGAGGCCAAUUUGGAGAAGAAUGUGACGAACGGUGAACACAGUCAGAUCAAGACCGCAACAAAAGGUGCAGACAGUCGGGACAAGAAUGAGACAAACCAUGUUGAUGGCCGGGACAAAAAUGCAACAAAAAAUGAUGCCAGUCGGGAAGGGGACCAAAAUACAUCGAGAGACGCUACCAGUCGAGACAAGAAUACAACAAAAUAUGCUGACAGAUGGGACAAGAAUGCAACAAACGAUGCGAACAACAGCCGAGAUAAGAGUGACACCAAAGAUACUGGCAGUCGUGACAAGAUUGCAACAUAUGUUAAUGGUAGGGACAAGAAUUUCGCAAAAGAUGCACGCAGUCAACUUGAGAAUGCUGCGAAAGAUGCUGACAGUCAGGUUAAGAAUGCAACGAUAGGUUCUGAUAAGCGGGAUGACGAUGCAACUGUGAGUUCUGACAGCCGAGACAAGAAUGCCACAAAAGAAUCUGGCAGCCGAGACAAGAAUGCCACAAGAGAUUCUAACAGUCGAGAAAAGAACGCCACAAAAGAUUCUGACAAUCGAGAGAAGAAUGCAACAAGAGAUGCAGACGACAGACAUAGAGCCCGAAGUGAUGAUUGCGGCAGGAAGAGCAGAGACAGAAAUGACAGUCAAAAUAAACGAAGCGAUGAGCGUCGUCGCAGUGAAAGUAAAGGCAAAGAAAUCAUUCCUGGUAAAAACAAAGUUGAUGAAACUCGUAGAAGUAAAAGCAGAAGCAAAGAAGAUUGCCGAACUGAAAACGAGCGAGAAACCCGUAGGAGUGCAAGCAAAGGGGCAGAAGGUCGCUUUGAUGAUGGCACGAGACAAAAAGAUCUGAACGAAUAUCAGUCAAAAUGUCAUCGUAGAGACAAUGAGGAAGCCCUCCGAAGUAAAAGCUUGGAUAAAGAUUACUGUGGCCAUGGGAACCAAACUAAGGGAGAGCGUCGACACAAAAGCAGUGAAAGAGAGGAUCGGCUUUCUGGAAAACAUCGUAAUGUCCGGGAAAAGAUGAAUCCUCAUGGCGAAGAUCACCGACGCCAAAGUAAGGGCAGCGAAGACAGCAAAAGUGAUCAUAAAAGUCAAGAUGACCAUCAUAGUUCCAGAGAGUGUGUUGAUAAGCGCCAAAGCAAAAAUUUCUAUCAAAAUAUUCAUCGGAAUAAAAAGCGGAAACGGGAAGAUCGUCGACGCUUCUGUGAUGUCUGGAAGAAAUACUUUUCAAAAAAGACUCAAAGCAAAAUAGACCGUAAAAAAUAUCACUCAGACGAGAGCCACAGCAAAACUGACGGCUCCGUGAAGAAGACCAACCGAAUGGAAAAGCCUGAAAGCUUGAAGAAUGGGAGUGGAUUUUCAUCUCAGGAAAAUGAAGGUAAUAAUGAAGAAAAUGUUAGCAAUACAACACACGCCAUAAACACUGAGAAGAAGAAAAAUGAACAAAAAAUCGAAGAAAACUUUUUACGGCAGGAGAAAGUUAUCAGUCUUCACAAAGAUAAUUCCUGUGCUGAGACCAGCCUCUUCAGUUCCAAGGAAAACGACAAACAAGGUGACAGAGAACAGGGUAAUGCAAAUAACAGAGUGAAAAAUACUGGACAAACUAACUGUGAAAAACUUUGUGUGAACACCCACCAGAACGGUCCGUCUCUUAUUACCACUAACCCGUUCGGUAAACUCGGCUCCUAUGCUAGCGAUAAUAAUGUCAAGCCAACUACUAAGGUUCCUGGAGCUGGGAAAGUAAUUGCUGCGACGUGUUCCACAGUUUCUAACGAGGACCAGAAAAGUCAUGAUAGCCAUAUUAGUGCCACCUCCUGCCUUGAAAUUACACCAGAGGAGAGAACAGAUUUUUCUAAGCUAAUUCGUAACGGUGUUAGCAUUUCAAAAGCUGUUCCUGCUCCUAAAGUUGGAUCAAUUCAAGAAAACCGUAAUAUAAAGAAAAGAAAAUAUGAUGAAUCAAUGCGUGCUUCUUCAAGUGACUCUUUGCCUACUACUGUUGGCCAGAAGUAUCUCAGAGUAUCUUCGGGUAUUGAAACCAACAAUGAUAUGGUAAAAACAACCUGCGACAUCUCUGAAGCAGUUACGAGUGAAGCAAAUAGGUCUGUAGAAAGCAAAGUUCAAAAUCGAGUGACGAAAGCGGAAUUGGUUGGCAGUGUAGGAAGUAACUACCAGAACGGGAAUGGCGGCGAGCCCAAAAAACAUUCUUUGGGCGGCCAAAACUCUAUGGCUUCGACAUCUGAUGCUUCGAAUGAUUCAGAUAUAUUUCUCCCUUGCAUCAACUCUGCUGAAAAUAUCCCUGGUCAGGAAAGUUCAGUGUCAGAUUGUGAAUUUAACGAUUCGCUUGCAUCUCACUCAGGAAAAGUUUCGGUCAUGGUCGAAAAGUUAGACUUACGUGUCAUGGGAGGUAUGACGACCAUUGAUUUAGGAUCGAUUGAUGUCUCUCCGCAAAAGGUUGGCUUAUCUGCGGAGAAAAUGCCGUCUGCGAUUGAUGGAACUCGCAAAAAGGAUCAUGGAUACGAUCCCUGUCGAAUAUUAUUCACGCCUCUCAAAAGUAGGAAUGAUUUUUCAGUGGAUCGAUCAACUAGUAAAUGCGAGACUGCGUCAUUGUUCAGUGUUGGUAGUCCGGGCAAGAAUAAUUCGACGAUAACAGGAGCCUCGGAUGAAACUUCUGAACAAUACCGUAAACGACGUUUAUCUGAAUCAGUCAGUGGUUCAGGCCAAGGUAGUUCUGUGAAGAAACGUCGACUUGAUGAUACCCCCAACAUGACUGUUAGUGAGUACGUCAACAAACAUUGGCGCGGGCUGCUUGCGUCCCGCACCAAGAAUGUUCGACAAAACUUGACUCGACGGAACCGCCUCUUGCCUGUAGACGUGAACCUAACUUUGCUACCCUCAUAUCCGUAUGGAAGCGCGCGAAAGGGCUCCUUCAAAAUUCAAAAGCUCUGGAAAAAUACUUAUGGCUUUUUGACGCAUGCAGGAACUUCUUCAUACAGAAUGAAAGAAAUUAAUUACGCCGCUAAGAAAUUCCUUCCCAUGCAAUUGAAACGCUUGUCUCGUCCUCCGAAAUCAUCUGCGUCUUCGCGAGCUCUUGGGAAGAGGAACAAAGCCAGAAAGAAUGCGAAGAAUUCUUGUCCUUCUGGAAACGUGGGUUACGACAUUUGGAAGAAGGCUGUGCAAGAAGAAUAUAAUCUUAGGAGAGUAUUGAGAACUCCAACUCGCUCCAAGGAAGUGGAAGACACCUCAGAAAGUGUGUCUUCUGCUAACUCUAAGCCGUUAAGAUCUAUUGUUGCGAAGAAGGAAAAACUACGAAGUCUAAUUACUGACAGUAUCGAACGUGUUCUUUCACGAGUGAGAACAGACAUUGACACUGAAAAUGCUGAAACUUCGGUACCGAAUAAGAAAGUCACGCUCGAUAAGACGUCGAAAAGUUCUUCAACUGAGGAUACGAACGACCAAAGUAGUGAGGUGAAUUCGGACAACCAAGUAUCUCAAACAAUUAUCCCGAAAAUUUCUGAAGAUGAACCCGAAGACGAGAGCGAUCUCACUUUAGUUGAUGAUCUACUGAGUCAAGAAGAAUGGGAUUGUAUCUCGAUGACGCUACGUGAAGAAGAUGAUUACACGGAUGAUACUCAGUGCGAUGAAGAGGCGACUGAGCCGAACCAAGGCAAUUAUUCGAACCUCUCUGCCAGAGAUGAAGGUUCUUCUUCAGAUGCAUGGCUUUCAAUCCCCUCUUCUACCACGAUCAAACGUGCGGGAGGAGAGAAUGUCUCGAAUCGAGAUUUAGCCCAAAGCAAUGAUUCCAGAUAUAGUUUAGGAAAUAGAAACACAGUUGAUGUAACUACACAUGGCCAGAGCGGCGAUGCUCAGAAUUAUUUGUCUGCUGAUAGCACCAGAGCACUUCAGAAACGCAAUGUGUUAUCAAUGAGUCCUGCAAGAAGUACGUCAUCCGUGCGGCCUGAAAGUGGAAAAACAGAGGAAAGAAAGAGUUCAAUUUCAUUCACUUCUCCUGUGCGCAAUGCACCACUACACAUAAACAUUGCUGAUAAAACUGAUCUUGAAAACAUUGCUACGCGUCCUCUGUCAACUAAUUCUAGUACUUCGCAAAUUUUGGACAGAAGAGACUAUCAAGUCAGAGUUGAUGAUGGUGUAAUAGGCUCUACUGUUGAACCUCGAUUGUCCUCUUCGCAUGCUAGGGACGAAAGUCAAUCAAACAAGAGUUAUCCCACGAAAGCAGUGCAUGUUAAUGAACUUCAUCGUCGCCACGAGCCAGCCGCCGAUGUAACUUCCCUACAACUUCGAGAAAACCCGCACAAGUUUCUGGCCGAUACUCGGCCCAAAGGUACAUUUUCUUCCACAAGUUCAAGUCCAGAGAGUCGGUGCUCGACCACCUCAUCAAAAUCUGUACCGACAGUUGCAACGACUUCACAUUCGGCUCAUUUAGCUGAAGCUUCGACGGCAGCCUUUACCCGUCGUUCGGAGGUCGAGAGACUAGUUCAACCUCAGCCUUCGCCUAGGACGGCUUCAGCAGCACCAGUGGCGAUUGCCGCAACUGAUGCUGUCAGCAAGGCCAUCCUAGAGAAGAUAUACGGCAAUUGUGUUGGAACCAAGAUAAGGUUCCACUGCGGCUUGGUUGUGCCGGCUUUUAUAUUCCGUAACCAUAAAGGAGUGUUCAUUUUCCAUUGCAAUUCAUGUAGGUAUUACACUUCUUCUAAAGAAAAAUAUAAGAGCCAUCAUGCGCAACAUAUUUUGGACCAAUGUCUACAGUGUCAGAAGUGUAGCUUCAAGGCUUCGUGCGAGCUUGAGAUGACUGUCCACGCCAGGAUGCAUGCGUCGGACAAAUCAAAAUGUUAUUGUGAGGAUUGCGACUUCGUUGCUGAAAACAAAGGCUCCAUAGAGAGGCACGUAAUGGUGCACGUCUAUGCACGAGAUGGCACUCUGGAUGGGUUCAUCGAAUUGUACUCGACCGGAGGAAGAAGUGGCACUGACAUGCGUUGUCCCUUCUGUGAAGAAUAUUUCCCUGACAUGCUGCAGGUCCGCAGUCACGUACGCGUGCAUACCAACGCUCCAGUGAUCACGUGCGAUGAGUGUGGCUUCGUGAGCUACUCACGUCUGGGCCACGCUAAACACGUGCUCGUUCACUGCAAACAAGAGACCUUGAAGUGUCCUCACUGUCCUUACAUUACCGAAAAUACGAACGAAAUGAAACUUCAUUUCUUCACCCACCUGUAAAAGUACAUGGAUGUUAUUAGUAAGGUGUCGUGUGGUCUCUUCAGGUAGUGAGCUGCGCUGUGAUUUACUUAUAUUGGUGCAUAAUCUUAAUUUGGUUUGCAUUAAGUUAAUAUAUUUUUUUAACUCCUCAACUGCAUCUUAAUUCAAAGAGUGCAACCUCUCAUACGAAUACAUGGUUAGGACUGCUCUCACAAUGCAUGUGUAAACUAUUAAUUAAUCAGAAUCUCAACUAAUUAUAAAAUUUGUUCGCCUUUAUAUUGAAUUACACACGAUCCAUUCAUUUUCGUAUAGCUGACCUAGCAAUAUUUCAAUUUUAUGAAUUGUUGCAAUUUGUGUGGAGUAUCAGUGUAUCUUAUAUUGGAAUGCACGAGUUUCCCCACUUUCACUAACUUUAAGAUUCUCUUGUUACCAUCCUUCACUGUUGCUUUCUGAUAUUGUUGAUUCAUGAUUUUACCUGCUUGAGAGCGAACCGAUGUGACCUAUUGUUUGUUACUGAACUGUGUGCUCGUGACUUAGAUGUAACACAUUCUCUUGCUAGUUAUCAUUAAAGCUGAUACUGUCCCAACGAAUGUUAAUUAGUGUUUUGAAUUACUUCAUUGUAUCAUUUUAACCUUUUGCCACACCGCUUCAUAUUUGCGUACAUUGUGACGGAACAAGUUGUCUGAAUUACGGCAAUUUUUUCUGGUUGAUAAUUUCAAUUUUAAUAUAUAUUGAUGAGGA